AUGGAAUAUGCAAUUAUUUCACGAAACCCAGACUUUAUUAUGCAUUUAGUAAAUGAAUACCACAUUGAAAUUCAUUUAGAAUCUUGUAUCGGACAUGAAAAUGUUCAAGCAUACUGCAUGUAUUAUAAUGAAACAAAAAAUCUCAAUGCAUGUUUUCCGUAUUCAACAUGUUUCCAUUAUUUACCUCUUUGUCAAUAUUUCUUAUUAAAACAUCCAAACAUCAAUCAACAUGCAAUUGGAUUCAAAGGAAAUACUGCUCUCCAUUUUGCAGCAUGGGGAGAUUUUAUUGAUAUUGUUCAACUUCUUCUUUCGCAUGGUGCAAAUAUCAAUGAAAAAAAUGAAAAUGGGUGGACAGCUCUUCACUAUACAGCAAAUUAUAAUGCUUUAAAUGCCACGCGCCUACUUGUCAAAAGUGGUGCAGAUAUACAUAUAAAGGAUAAUAAUGGUUGCACUCCACUUCAUUUCGCAGCAGUAAAUAAUUGUAUUGAAACUGCAGCACUUCUUAUUUCGCACAUCAAAAAUGUUGAUAAAGAUAAAACUAAUUUGGGAAGAACUGCUCUUCAUUAUGCAGCCAUUGGAAACAGUAAAGAAACAGCAGAACUACUAAUUUCAGCAGGAGCUGAUAUUAAAGCAAAAGAUAAAAAUGAAGAAACCGUUCUUCAUGCUGCUGCACGGAAUAAUAGUAAAGAAAUAGCAGAGUUUAUCAUUAAUUAUCAUGUCGAUAUCGAAGCAAAAGACGCAAAUGGAAGAAGUCCACUUCACUGUGCUGCAUAUUUUAAUUGCAAAGAUACUGUUGAAUUGUUUAUUUCAAAACACGCCAAUAUCGAAGCAAAAGAUGAAAUUGGAAGUACUCCACUUCACUAUGCUGCAAUUCGAAAUUGUAAAGAAUCAGCAGAAAUCCUUAUUUCAAAUAAUGUCAAUAUCAAUGCAAAAGAUAACUUUGGACAAACUCCUCUUCAUGAAGCAGCAAAAAAUAAUAGUAAAGAAACAGCAGAAAUCCUUAUUUCAAAUAAUGUCAAUAUCAAUGCAAAAAAUAACUUUGGACAAACAGCACUUCAUUUGGCUGUACAAAAUGAAAAAUAUGAAGUUUCAGAAUUGCUUAUAUUAAAUAAUGCAGAUGUCAAUGCGAAAGAUAGUUCUGGUCUAACAGCUAUUCAAUAUGCAAUCAAAAAAUUUGAAAGAAAUAGCAAUACUUCUUAUUAA